CGAGUGCAGUUCAUCUGGACGUCUGGUCGCCGACAGGGCAACGGAUGGGUGUGGUCGGGUUCCGGGGUUCGGUUCCCGCCAAGAAACCAAGCGGCCUGGUCUCGCACGGGCGGCGGCGGACGCCCACAACCAGACAAUCGUGAAGGAAACGAAGUUUGCAUGGCGGUUUUGAACAAUUUCUACCAAGACGGCAUUGUUUGGCACGACGUCGGAUGUUCUCAUCAGAAACCCUUCAUUUGCGAAACACGAAGGGCUGUCGAGGAGUUUUGGUCGUCGUUAUAUGACACGCAUGCGGAAACCACGCGGGAAGCAAACGCUUCCGUGCUUAUUUGGGUGCUGAGGAUAUUUCCUUUCAUCAAUCAUGACCCAACAUUGACCCCAGGAGUGGUUUCGUGGUAUGGGAGGAGUUCUGGUCGUCGUUAUGACACGCAUGCGGAAACCACGCGGGAAGCAAACGCUUCCGUGCUUAUUUGGGUGCUGGGGAUAUUUCCUUUCAUCAAUCAUGACCCAACAUUGACCCCAGGAGUGGUUUCGUGGUAUGGGGUUGAUAUCGAACAUUUAAAU